CGCGCCGGCGCCUCCCGGAGCGGCCCCGGGGCCCGGAGCGGCCCGAGCACUUGCGCCCUGACCCCGGCCCGGCUGCCGCUCCGGGCUCAGCCGGCGGGAGGGCGAGCGCGGCGCGGCCCGGGCCGGGGGGAUGUCUCGGCGGACGCGCGGUCAGGAGCUGGAUGAGCUGCACUACCAGGACACAGAUUCAGAUGUGCCAGAGCAGAGAGACAGCAAGUGCAAGGUCAAGUGGACCCAUGAGGAGGACGAGCAGCUGAGGACCCUGGUGAGGCAGUUUGGACAGCAAGACUGGAAGUUCCUGGCCAGCCACUUUCCUAACCGCACUGACCAGCAGUGCCAGUACCGGUGGCUGAGGGUCUUGAAUCCAGACCUCGUCAAGGGGCCAUGGACCAAAGAAGAAGACCAAAAGGUCAUCGAGCUGGUCAAGAAGUACGGCACAAAGCAUUGGACCCUUAUUGCCAAGAACUUGAAGGGCCGGCUGGGGAAGCAGUGCCGUGAGCGCUGGCACAACCACCUGAACCCUGAGGUAAAGAAGUCUUGCUGGACUGAGGAGGAGGACCGCAUCAUCUGUGAGGCCCACAAGGUGCUGGGCAACCGCUGGGCUGAGAUCGCCAAGAUGCUGCCUGGGAGGACAGACAAUGCUGUGAAGAAUCACUGGAACUCCACCAUCAAAAGGAAGGUGGACACCGGAGGCUUCCUGAGUGAGGCCAGAGACUGCAAGCCCCCUGUGUAUGUGCUGCUGGAGCUUGAGGACAAGGACGGCUGUGCUAGUGCCCACCCCCGGGAAGGCCAGGCAAGUCUUGUGACUGACUGGCCCCCAGGGCUCCCUGCCAUGAAGGAAGAGGAGAGCAGUGAGGAGGAGGCCACAGCAGCCACUGCUUCUAAGGAGCAGGAGCCUGUCCCUGCGGAGCUGGACAGGGUGCAAACACCAGAGCCCUUGGAGGACUUCCCCAAGCGUGAAGACCGGGAGGGCUCCUCGCCGGAAACCAGCCUGCCCUAUAAGUGGGUGGUGGAGGCCGCAAACCUCCUCAUCCCUGCUGUGGGGAACAGCCUUUCUGAAGCUCUGGACUUGAUCGAGUCGGACCCUGAUGCUUGGUGUGACCUGAGUAAAUUUGACCUCCCCGAGGAGCCUUCCGCCGAUGGCAGCUUUGGCAACAGCCCGGUGCCGCCUCAGCCACCCCAGCCACAGCAGCCUCCCCCGCACCGCCAGCUUGUCGCCCCGGUGCCCAGUGUGACCGAGUACCGCCUGGAUGGCCACACCAUUUCAGACCUGAGCCGGAGCAGCCGAGGCGAGCUGAUCCCCAUUUCCCCCAGCACUGAAGUGGGGGGCUUUGGCAUCAGCACGCCACCCUCGGUGCUCAAGCGGCAGAAGAAGAGGCGUGUCGCCUUGUCCCCCGUCACAGAAAAGAAUGCCAGCCUGUCCUUCCUGGACUCCUGCAACAGCCUCACCCCCAAGAGCACUCCCGUCAAGACCCUGCCCUUUUCUCCAUCCCAGUUUCUGAACUUCUGGAACAAACAGGAGACACUGGAGCUGGAGAGCCCCUCGCUGACGUCUACCCCGGUGUGCAGCCAGAAGGUGGUGGUCACCACACCCCUGCACCGGGAUAAGACACCCCUGCACCAGAAACAUGCUGCGUUUGUAACCCCAGAUCAGAAGUACUCCAUGGAUAACACGCCCCACACGCCCACCCCAUUCAAGAAUGCCCUGGAGAAGUAUGGACCACUAAAGCCCCUGCCCCAGACCCCUCACCUGGAGGAGGACUUGAAGGAGGUGCUGCGCUCCGAGGCCGGCAUCGAACUGCUCAUCGAGGAUGAAGGGAGGCCUGAGAAGCAGAAGAGGAAGGCUGGGCUGCGGCGGAGCCCCAUCAAGAAAGUUCGCAAAUCCCUGGCGCUUGACAUCGUGGACGAGGACAUGAAGCUGAUGAUGUCCACGCUGCCCAAGGCUCUGUCCUUGCCGACAAAUGUCCCAUCAGGCUCCUCCAGCCUCCUGCCAGGCAUCAAAGAGGACAACAGCCUGCUCAAUGAGGGCUUCCUGCAGGCCAAGCCCGAGAAGCCGGCAGGGGCCCAGAGGCCCCGGAACCACUUGCCAGCACCUGCCCCUAUGACCAGUGCCUGGAAGACGGUGGCCUGUGGGGGAACCAGGGACCAGCUCUUCAUGCAGGAGAAAGCCCGGCAGCUCCUGGGCCGCUCAAAGCCCAGCCACACAUCCCGGACCCUCAUCUUGUCCUGACUUGCUUGGCCUUCACGAGAGCCCAUUCUCAUGUUUACAGGGGGCUGGGGAGACCAAGGUGGGUGUGAAUUUGAGAGCCACACUCCGAUGACCACCUGCAGGGAGCCUUCUGCCACCAGCCCCUCCCCAGACUGCUCAGGUGAAGACAGAGCAGAGCCACCCACUGUCCUGUCUCGGUGUAUGGCUGCAGACGGUUUCUGGUGCUAACAGAACAAAGUCCCACCCCUGGGCCUGCCCUGCCCCCUCCGGGUGCCAUAGGAAGUCCCAUUAGCUUCUCCCAAAGCCCUGGUCAGGCCUGGCCUCAUCUCAUACCCUGCUUAAGGCAGGGGGCAUGGCCAGCGCGCUCCUUCCUUCCCUGAACCUGUUGGUAACAUUUUUUUGAAAAAAUAAAACUGCCUUUCUUGUGUC